AUGUCGUUGUUAGUUCCCAGUGAGUGCGACUUCGAAGACGCCCACAGUAUUCCGGGGCUUGAAAGCGCAUACGAGCGCAAAUUGGUCGCAGCCAGGGAAGGCCACCCCGAGGCAUACCGAUGGGAGUUUGAAACAGUGCCCGGGUUUUUCCAGCAAGCGGCCCCGGAAACUGACGAUUUGCUCUUCCGCUACACCGAGAGCAACAUGGGCCGCACCAAGCCGUGGCCGCAAAUCGAGGCUGAGCUUGCGCACCUAAACGAGACGGCCCCGGAGAAUGUUCUGUAUAAGCUUUUGAUCUGCGCACGACACGGCCAGGGCUACCAUAAUUACAUCGUGGACAAGUAUGGCUUGGAGGCGUGGGACGACAAAUGGUACUGCAUGGGCACGGACGGGGAAGUGGAGUACGGCCCGGAUCCAAUGCUCACAGACCUCGGAAUUGCCCAGGCCCAGGAGAACAACCGGGCUUGGACCCGCGAGGUGCGUCAUCACCAGGCACCCAUUCCAAGCAAAUUCUACGUUUCGCCCUUGCAGCGGUCUUGCUGGACGUGCGUGUAUACGUGGGAUGGGCUCAGGCCCGCCGACAGAAAACCGGUGGUUGUAGAGAAGAUGCGGGAGACGCUUGGCCGCAACCUCUGCGACAAGCGGUCGCUGAAAACAGUAAUUGAGCUGCGGUUUGGAAAACACGGCUUUGAGACGGAACCCGGCUUUGCCGAGGAAGACCCGCUUUUCACCCCUGAGCGGGAGGCUGCCGACGACCUAGCGAUGCGGAUCAACAGCGUGUGCCAGGACUUGUUUGAAGAGGACUGGGACUGCGUGAAUGGCGUGGUGGAUAAGUCCAAGGCAGCCCAAAACUCGGUCAUAUCCACCACCACGCACGCGGGCACAAUCCGCCUGUUUAUUGUUGUUCUAGGCCACCGGAGAUUCACACUUUCCACAGGCGGCAUGGUACCCAUUGUGGUGAAGGCCACGAGAACGGGAGCAGAGAGAUGUGCAAAGUGA